AGAAGAAGAAGAAGAACGCGUCAGUAGAUACUGAUACGUCACCAAAACGCUCGUUUUUCUUCUGGUGAGAUUCUUCUGACAGUUCACAGCUUUUCGUUCAAGAUGUUGAAGGCUGUUAUUUUGAUCGGAGGCCCCCAGAAAGGCACGAGGUUCAGACCACUGUCAUUUGAAGUCCCUAAACCCUUGUUUCCAGUAGCUGGUGUUCCCAUGCUGCAACAUCAUAUUGCAGCAUGUGCCAAGGUGCCAAAUUUGAAGGAGAUUUUGCUCAUCGGCUUUUAUCAGCCAAAUGAAGAACUGACAAGGUUCCUGUUAAAUGCACAGCAGGAGUUCAAAAUAUCUAUCAGGUAUUUGCAGGAGUAUGCAGCCCUGGGGACUGGUGGGGGCAUCUAUCACUUCCGAGAUCAAAUUGUUUCUGGCAGUCCAGAGGCUUUCUUUGUUUUGAAUGCUGAUGUUUGCUCAGCAUUUCCUCUCAAAGAGAUGCUCAGCUUCCAGAAGGAACACGGAGAACCAAACAGUUUUGUUAUUCUUGCAACAACUUCAAACAGAAAGCAGUCCAUGAAUUACGGCUGUAUUGUUGAAAAUGAGGAAACAAAUGAGGUCUUGCAUUAUGUUGAAAAGCCAAGUACAUUUGUGAGUGACAUCGUAAACUGUGGAAUAUACCUCUUUACCCCAGACAUCUUCCAGCAUAUCGGCACUGUCUUUCAAAAGAAUCAACAGGACAUGUUGUUAGAGGAGCCAACCAAUGGAUGGCACAGAGCAGAGGUCAUCAGGCUGGAGCAGGACAUUUUCACUUCCCUCGCAGGACAGGGCAAGCUCUUUGUAUAUAAAACCCUCAGCUUCUGGAGCCAGAUUAAAUCUGCAGGUUCUGCCAUUUAUGCCAGCCGAUUGUACCUCAACCAGUACCACAUAUCUCAUCCUGAAAGACUGGCCUCAGAUAAAGCUGGAGGACCCAAAAUAAGUGGCAAUGUCUAUAUUCAUCCUACAGCCACUAUUGACCCCACUGCUAUGUUGGGUCCUAAUGUCUCUAUUGGCACCGGAGUGACUAUUGGCGCUGGAGUGCGAGUAAGAGAAUCCAUCAUACUCCAUGGUGCAACUCUACAGGACCAUUGCUGUGUUUUGAACAGCAUUGUUGGAUGGGACAGCACCAUUGGCAAGUGGGCAAGAGUAGAAGGAACGCCAAGUGACCCCAACCCUAAUGAUCCCUUUGCAAAGAUUGACAGUGAGACCCUCUUCAGAGAGGGAAAACUCACACCCUCAAUUACUAUUUUGGGUUGUAAUGUGACCAUCCCCUCUGAGGUGAUCAUUCUCAACUCAAUUGUCCUCCCACACAAAGACCUCAAUCGCAGCUUCAAAAACCAAAUUAUUCUUUAGUAAAUCUUCCUAACGCUUCUGCCCACUGGGUGAGUGCAAUUAAGGAUCCACACUUACUCUGCCCCAGAGUAACUGUCUAUAAGAUGUUUAAAAUGAUGGGACAUUCAAAUAAGGUACAUUCAGUGAAUAAAAAAAAAAAGA